AUGCCUUCCCGGAGACUUGUUGAAUCUCUGGAUUUAUACAAAAAAGAAUGCUUAAUUUUUAUUUUAGAAUAUUUAGAAUUUACACAUUUUAUGUCGACAAUUACAGAAGCCGCACGAGUUAAAAAUGGGAUACCAUCUCUUAAUUAUGUUUGUUUUGCCGAUUUUCCUGACCAAGUGUUUAGAAGAUGCUUAAAAAAUGGGUUUGAAUUCUCUUUGAUGGUUGUUGGUCAGUCUGGUUUGGGUAAAUCGACUUUUCUUAAAACACUUUUUAUGGCUGAACUUCUUGAUCUGAAACACGAAGAAUCUUCAAAGAUAAAAUCAACAGUGAGUAUUGAAAGGAAAACUUUUCGCCUCACCGAGAAUGACGUUAGAUUGAAGCUCACUGUUGUGGACACUCCUGGAUUUGGAGAUUUUGUUGACAAUUCUAAAUGUUGGGAGCCUAUAGUUAAAUACAUUGAUGACCGCUUUGCUGACUAUUCGGCAGAAGAGUCAAAAAUUGAUCGAUCUGCCAGAAUUGAAGAUAAACGAGUUCAUCUGUGUAUUUACUUUAUUCCACCUAAUGGACAUGGCCUCAAACAAUUAGAUAUUGCUUUUAUGCAAGCUCUCCAGGAUCGUGUUAAUAUCGUUCCAGUUAUUGCCAAAGCAGAUACACUUACUCCUACUGAACUUGGAGAUUUUAAACAUCAGAUAAUGGAAGACAUGAGGAAAAACAAUAUUUCACUCUACAAGCCACCCGAUUUUGAUUAUGAACAACAGCAAUUGGAUGUUAAUGGCUGGAGGGUUUCUUCAACAAAUGGUAGAGCACAAUCACAACAUAAUGCCGGCAAUUCUGCCCAACUUGACUCGUCCAAACGACUUCCAUUUGCAAUUGUUGGGUCUACACACGUCAAAGAAAUUUUGGUUGGCGGUGAACAACGAGCUACUAAGCUAAGGGUUAGAGUUCGUGAAUAUCCUUGGGGUGUAGUGGAAGUUGACAAUUUGGGACAUAACGACUUUGUUGCGCUUCGUGAUAUGAUUAUUCGAAAUAUGAUUGAUCUUAUCGAAGUGACUAAAUCUGUACAUUAUGAGAACUACCGAAUGCGUAACUUACCUCAAAGUGUUUUAGACUCCGAUCCUUGCUCGCAAUUGGAAAAAGAAAUUUAUACGCAACAAAUUGAAGCGGAAAAUGCGCUCCGCAAAAAGGAAGAUUUGUUCAAUGAGGAUGUCGCUAUUCGAGAGCAGAGGCUUCAAGAGAGAACAUUAGCGAUUGAUGCGGCGGUGGAGAAUAAUCGAAAGGCAUUAGAGGAAAAACAUUUAUUUUUAGCUAAACUUAAACAAGAGAUAUCUGAUGCUAAAAAAUCAUCAAUCAUCGCUCUUGAAGAAGAUAAUUUGUCUAGCAAUAUCAGUAAUAAUAACAGCAGCAACACCAAUUCACGCAAAAAUACUUUACCACCGGACUUGCCACCAUCAACAAAACCUGCUAAAAUUCCACGACUUAAUUCUUCUAUUGCUCCAUUGCCUGUAGUUGAUAAUAAUGAUAUUAAUCUUUGUAAAGGAAUUUCUCAACAAAAUUUGGAAAGUUCUCCUUCAUUUUUUACUACAAAACCUUCAUCAAGACUUGGACUUGUCUUGCACAAAGCAGAAGUUGAAGGGCGUGAUUAUCAGCAAAAGAAUACUCCAAAGCAACAACAGACAAAUGAGGUUGUUAAUAACGUUGCUCAAUGCAGUUUUAUUGAGAAAUUUGUCCGUAAUCAGGAUGUGAUUGCUGUUAAGUGGCAGGAGCGUAAUCAAGAUCGUGAGAUUCGUGAUGAUCUUACACGAAGAAUACAAGAACGGGAUAAACAAAUACGGGAUCGCAAGAUAAGUGCAGAAGAGAAAGAGAAUCGAAAAGCUAAAAAGGAAAAGCGGGCAUCGAAGAAAGCUAAUAAAAAUAGUGCUGAUGUUAAACGUGAAACUCCUGAUAUAACAAUUAUUAAUUUGGACUCAACAUCGAAUUUAAUCACUCCGAAUGAAGGAAAUAAUAAUAUUUUGGCUGGCAAUAACAAUACUAAUAGCAGUAACACUUCGCGAAAAAAUAUUUUAUCAACUGACUUGCCAGCUCCAACACCAAAACCUGCUAAAAUUCCUCGACUUAACCCUUCUAUUGCUCCAUUACCUGCUGUUGUUAACACUAAUAUUUAUCCUUCUAAAGGAAUUUCUCAACAAAAUUUGGAAAGUCCUCCUUCAUUUUUUACUACAAAACCUUCAUCAAAACUCGGACUUGUUUUGUACAAAGCUGAAGUUGAAGGGCGUAAUUAUCAGCAAAAGAUUACAUUACAACUGCAAAAGGUGAAUGAUACUCAAUCUAGUAUUGUUGACAACUUUGUCGGCAAUAAGGAUGGGGGGAUUUCAUCAGUCAAGCGGCAUGAAUAUAAUCAAGAUCGUGAACUUCGUGAAGAUCUUACUCGAAAAAUACAAGAACGGGAUAAACAAAUACGGGAUCGAACAGAAUCGUUAUUUUAA